UUACUAGUUCUGUGCAUUGUUUACGAUUUCGGCGUAAACAAGAGUAUAGCACUACUGUACGCUUUAGGAGUUUGCGUCAUCGCGGUUGUCAUAAGUUGUGUUGUGGACUGUGUGUCCAACUCGGAGUUGUAGAGAUGUUUUUACGGGAGUUAAUAAUUGUUUUAAUAUUCGGUUUCGUUAUUGCGAGUGAUCAUAACAAAUAUUCUGCCGGUGCAAAUGUGAAAUCUGACAUUUUAAGUGAAUCAGGAAAUUACUUUAGAACACUGCAAAAACCAUUUAGAAUGGCAAAAUUAAAUAUGUUAUGGUCCAAGGCACAAUUGAGAUUAACAGAACCAAAGCUGAAGUCUUUGUAUAGUGAACUGAAGAUCCAUGACAAAGAAGAACUGGUGUGGAAGAAGAUGAAAGCAGAUGGGUUAGACAAAGAUGGCCUAGAAGAAGCAAAAAUGAGAAAGCGUCUGAUUGGAAUAAUGAGUACUUAUGGUCUUCUUGAACAUUUUGAAGAUAUCAAUGACCCAAAACAGUACAAGCAGCACAAGGCUUUUAAUGAAGCAUCUGAGGAUUAUAUAAAUAAAAGUCUAUUUAAGGACAAGAAACUGAACAAGUUGUGGGAGAAAGCAGAAAAGGCGGGUUUCACAGCUGAAGAGUUACAAGCCUUAAAAGAGGAAUUUGGUCAUCAUCAGGACAAGAUAGAUCAGUAUUAUUCUCUCCUGCACGAAGUAAAGGAAGGAAUGGCAGCAGACGAUUCAGACAGUAAUUCUGUAGAUAAUACAUUAGACCGUUUCAAUGCUCUUGAAGAACAGGAAGAGCCUGCAAAGGAUCACAGACACAAAGCCAACAUGUUACGUGAACGCCAUCGUGACAUCAGAGAUGGAUACGAUCGCUUGCACCGAAUAGCUGCAAAGGGCCCUAAUAGCAAAGAAUUUGUGGAGCCAAAAGUACAAGGAUUGUGGCAGAUGGCAUUGAAUGGUAAUUUUAGUACUGAGGAGUUGGAGUCUCUUCGGGUGGAGUUGAUGCACUAUGAGAAUCGUUUGCUGAAACUCCGGCACCUCCAAGCUGAAGCUGCACUUGGCGCAGGACAUAGAGCUACUAAACCAGCAGGAGAGAAACCUGCAACACUGGAAGACUUGGAAGACAGCAUCAAGAAGCAUGCUCGCAAAGCAGACAAGCUGCACGCACACCUUGAAUCCAAAAUAAUAAACAAACACAUGGAACUUUAGUUUACACUUUUCUUAUCAGCUUGAUGUCAUUUUAGGAGUGUUGACAUCAGUAUACUUGUAGUCACUACAGUGAGACAAACGCAAUUAGUGACAUGUAAUUUAUGAAAUACACUUUCUUGUAGAAAGUGGAUCCCAAUAUCUUGCAUUUAUGAAGCAUUUUUGUGGACUGGUUUGUAAAGGAUAGAGACAAGAGAAAAAUAAGAAUAUUUGUUAUUUUAUUAUGAGGUAUUGCACACACGUACUAAGAAUGAUCCAUAUGAAUCUCAUAGUGCAGAUUAUAUUAAAAUUGUAACAUAUUUAUAUAUUUUAAAUAAAGUUUGUAAUUUUGUUUGUA